CCAAAACUAAAGUAUUUCCUUUGGUUUCGUUUUCAAAUAAAUGACCUGACUGCAGAAAGAUGCAGUCUAAGAUCACAGCGGUUGCUGAUGGAGUCUGACCAUGGAUGAGGAGGUUGAUCCUGACAACGAAAACGUGAACUCUGUCUUGGCUCAGGAAUCCUCAGAACUGCUCCGAAUAAUUAGCGGUCAGACAUCUGCGGUAAUAAAGAAGUUGUGCGAAAUGACGCCAAGUGAGGGACGUUGGGACGUGGUCCUGGGCCCCGGCAGCUCCUCGGCAACACACCACAUCGAAGCCAUGUUGAAGUACUAUAUUAGGGCCAAAGCUGCAGAUUGCAGCAACUUCCUUCAGAGCGUUUGUAUCUUGUGCGAGAACAUCCCUAUGCACCUGGAGUCGAGGCUCAUGUCAGUGGCUGGAAAUGCAAAUAAUGAUUGUGAAAAUUCCAGUCCUAGUGUAACGGAUGGCAAGACAUCUUCGCCGCUUUCAGAGAAGCAGCUCAUCAAACGCCCACGGAUUGGUAAUCACUGGGAACGGUACAUUGCUGCAGUGAUGCGGUUACUGCAGCGAAGGUGGGAUCGACUCAGUGAGCGCCUGGUGAGGGACGUCCAGCUGGAGAGUGUGUGGGUCAGCCUGAGAACGCCAAACAGAGGCAGGGACAGACCUGAUCAAACCCCUGGAUCAGCAGAAAAAGGGGGAAGAACACCAGAGCCCGAUGGGGAUUAUGGCUUCAUGGAUUCCAGAGUGACAUUGGAGACCUUCCUUAACGGAUGUGCAGGGAAGGUGACAAUUCUUGUCGGCCCGGCUGGAUCAGGAAAAACUCUGCUGAUGUCUUGUUUAGGACAGCAGUGGGCACAACGGCUAGCCCCAAUCCCUUCGUCUCACCUGUUUGUCCUGCUGGAGUUUCGUCAGCUCAACCUGCUGUCCUGCCCUCUCUCCUUGUCUGAGCUGCUAUUCCGACACUACCUCCCUCUGAAAGGAUGCAACGAAGCAAAUAGAGCCAUUGUGGAUUACCUCAUCUCCAAUCCAGAGCAAAGCUGUUGGGUGCUGGAUGGCUAUGACGAGUUUCACAGCAAAAUCACCAAACAAGAGUUGCACGGAGAGCCGUUGGACGCAGACAAGUCUCUGCCUGUUUCAGACCUGGUCUCAGGGCUGUUAAAUCGACAGCUUCUUCCAGGAUGUACCGUGGUGGUCACCUGUCGUGCACGAAAUGUCAGCGAUUUGGAAGGCUUAUCCGACAAAGUGGGGCAUAUCCUGGGGUGGGACCGCCAUGAAAUCAAGGAGUAUGUGGACAAUUUCUUUGGAUUAAAAGGUCACUCAUCACACAAAGCUAUCGGGCCGCAAGCAGCAGAUCUUCUUCUUUCCAGCCGACACCUCGUCGCCAUGUCAUCCCUCCCUGGCCUCUGCAACACCUGCUGCAUCUGUUUGGAGUAUUUAUUAUUGGAAGCGAGGGAACCAAGUAAAAGAGAGAUACAUAGAGAAAGUGGAACUGAGGCAAGGAGAAACGCGGAAAGCAAUGAAGAAAAAGAAGUGCACAUUCCAGGAGGAGGAAGAGGGGAAGAGGGCAGGAGAGGAGAGAGUUAUGGUCCGAGGGGAGAUCAAAGAAGGAGAAAUUACGACAUAUUGGCGGAUGGAACGAAUGGUAGAGCCCAGCGAACUCCAACAGAAGCCCAGAUACCCCCCACCCUUACCCAGAUCUACCUCACUGUGCUCUGUGCAUUCCUCAGCCGUGACCCUGACGCAACAGAGAGCAACGAAGGGUCAAACGCCACGUCAAUUCCACAGAGUGUUGUGUGCACUCUGGGUCGGCACCGAUCUGAGUUGUGUGAGCUAAGCCAGCUGGCCUGGAGAGGCGUAGAGGAGAGCAGGAUCCUCUUUACGAAAGAAGACAUUUCUCCGGAGGUUUUGGACUUUUCUAUCAGGACAGGACUCUUCUCACAGGUGGAGCUCAGACGUGAGGAUGGUGGGCUUGUCAACUCCUACUGCUUCAAUCAUCUGACAUUACAGGAGUUUAUGGCAGCACUCAGAAUCAUGACCAGUGCUGAUGUUAGCGACACACAGCUUAAAAAGAGGUAGGAAACUCAAUUCAGGGAAGACAUGAGACACA